AUGGCAUUCGCGUUCAGCUACCAGCCUCUGAAGGGCCUCUACAUGCUGGGCAGCAUCCUCGUCCUGCUCUUCAUCCGCCUUCCUGUUUGGACAAUCCUCGGCCUCGUCCCGUCGUGGCGCCCCCUCCCCACAUGGUCGCUCGGACGUUCCCUCAUCGUCCAGGCAUUCCAGGCAUAUGUCGCCAUCCUUUACAACACCGCAAUCGACACUCCUUCACGUCCUCCCGAGAACGCUCCCGACGCGCGUGCCUCGCCUGGCGAGAAGGUCGUCUAUCACUUCCACGGUGGUGCCUUCAUCAUGGGAUCUGCGUCGCCAUCAGACCCCGGCUCAAAGACAUGCUUCACUGGCUACAUGGAGCACUUCCCCAACAACCCGCGCGUCUUCGGGCUCGAGUAUCGUCUGACGCGGGGACAUCCGCUCGGGAGGGCAAAUCCGUUCCCUUCUGCCCUCAUCGACGCUAUCGCCGGCUACCGCUAUCUGGUGCAGGACGUCGGGUUCGAGCCGCAGAAUAUUCUGCUGAGCGGUGAUUCCGCGGGCGGGAACCUUGCGUUUGUGCUCGCGUACUACCUCGCGACAUACAAGCUACCGAAUCUACCGAAUGCAGGUGGAUUGCUGAUCUUGUCACCCACGGUGGACUGGGCGAACACCCACAAGGGCGCGCAGUCGUCGAUGGUGCGACACUCGCGCACAGACUAUGUUGGGCCGAUCCUCAACUCGGGGUACACGAGGGAUGCGUUGGUGGGUGACUUGCCCGCGGAGGCGGCGUCGAGCGUUUGGAUCUCGCCUGCGUCGCUGAAGAUGAAGGUGUCGACGGGAAUGUUCUCGCAGAUUCCGCGUACAUGCAUUGUGGUUGGCGGAGAGGAGAUGACGCUGGAUCCUGUGGUGACGCUGCGGGACCGGCUGCAAGCGGACAUG